CGUUCGGAGUGAUCACAACGCCACGCGCGGCCUGUAGAAACAUGGCGUCGAAGGGACUCCGUCAACGCAACAGACGGGGAAGCAAACAAGAUGCCAACAACGUGAACAACACACCAAGCGCUGACAACCGAGCAACAAAAGACGACAAAUGUGUUGAGGACAAUAAGUCAAGUGACCCACGAAAUGAGUCAUCCAGUAAGGCAGGACAGGUGUGGGCUCCUGAGGGCUCCACGGCAUUCAAGUGCUUGGUCUCAGCUCGCUUCUGUGCGGCAUUACUCAGUAACAUCUCUGACUGUGAUGAAACCUACAAUUAUUGGGAGCCUACUCACUACCUGCUGUAUGGAACAGGAAUGCAGACAUGGGAGUAUUCUCCGGCCUACGCAAUUCGGUCCUAUGCCUAUCUUUGGCUCCAUGCCCUUCCUGCCUGCUUUCAUUCCAAAAUAUUACAAACCAACAAGGUCCUGGUGUUUUACUUCCUGCGUUGCAUGUUAGCAUUUACCUGUUGUGUGUGUGAGCUCUAUUUCUACAAGGCUGUGUGUAAGAAGUUUGGCCUGCAUGUGGGACGUCUUCUGUUAGCAUUCCUUGUCUUGAGUGCAGGGAUGUUCUGCUGCUCUGCAGCUUUCCUCCCCAGCACCUUUUGCAUGUAUUGCACUGUGGUAGCUAUGACUGGCUGGUUCCAGGGGCCCAGUCUGGCUGUAUUGGGUAUUGCAGCGGGGGCCAUAGUGGGCUGGCCCUUCUGUGCUCUGCUGGGCAUACCCAUUGCCUUUGACCUGCUGUUGCUAAAGAAGAAGUGGAAGAGUUUUAUCACAUGGACUCUGGUGGCGUUGCUGCUCUUUCUGGUUCCUGUUGUUGUGGUUGACAGCUACUACUAUGGCAAGCUGGUGAUUGCUCCUCUGAAUAUAAUACUCUACAAUGUAUUCACCCCUCAUGGACCAGAUCUCUAUGGCACAGAGCCAUGGCAUUACUACUUUGUGAAUGGUUUUCUGAAUUUCAACAUUGUAUUUGUGUUGGCCCUGUUUUCUCUUCCUCUCACUGCUCUUAUGGAGGCACUGCUUCAAAGGUUCAAUGUACAGAACCUGGGCAGGCCGUACUGGUUAACCCUGUCACCAAUGUACCUAUGGAUGCUGGUGUUCUUCACUCGUCCACAUAAAGAGGAGCGUUUUUUGUUUCCCAUCUACCCUCUCAUCUGUCUGUGUGGGGCUGUGGCGCUCUCCUCGCUUCAGAAGUGCUAUCACUUCAUAUUCCAGCGCUACCGUCUGGAGCACUACACUGUCUCUUCCAACUGGCUUGCCCUCGGCUCCAUGCUGCUGUUUGGAGUGCUCUCGCUGUCCCGUUCUGUGGCACUCUUCAGAGGCUAUCAUGCUCCCCUGGAUUUGUACCCAGAGUUUCACCGCAUUGCUAAAGACCCCACCAUCCACACUGUACCAGAUGGUAGAAUGGUCAAUGUUUGUGCAGGAAAAGAGUGGUACCGCUUCCCCAGCAGUUUCCUGCUGCCCAACAACUGGCACUUACAGUUCAUCCAGUCGGAGUUCAGGGGUCAAUUGCCUAAGCCAUUUGCCAUGGGACCUGAUGCCACCUGGAUACUUCCAUCAGAUAUGAAUGAUCAGAACCUCGAGGAGCCGUCACGAUACGUGGAACUGAAGCAGUGCCAUUACUUGGUGGAUCUGGCAACAGACAGUGAGGCCCCUCGAGAACCACGAUAUGCCGCUAACAAAGAGGAGUGGAGUAUUGUCACUGACAAGCCUUUUCUAGACACUACCAGGUCCUCCAGAUUCUUCAGGGCCUUUUUUAUCCCAUUUCUGUCUGAGCAGUACACCACCUACAGCAGAUAUGUCAUCAUGAAACCACGACGACCCAAACACACCCGGAAAAGAACGCAACCUUGAUCCGCUGUUCCUGUUACUUUCCAUCAUUGCAUCUCUCCAUCAGUCCUCUCCUGUAGUGAAUCAUCAUUUGCCCCAAGAUAUUCCCCUAAACAAACAGACACAGUCACACAGAGAGAGAGAGAGAGAGAGAGAGAGAGAGAGAGAGAGAGAGUGUGUGUGUGUGUGUGUGUGUGUGUGUGUGUGUGUGUGUGUGUGUGUGUGUGUGUGUGUGUGUGUGUGUUAACCUGUCAAACCAUGCAGUGUCUGCCUGUAUCGGUAUUGACGCCUAUUCUGGACAGUUCCAGCAGAGAGCCUGGAUGCCUUACCCAUUUUACCAAUAGUGGCCGAUCAUCUCGGCUCCAUUCCAUUGCCAUGCCCUUACGCUGCAUGAGUAAACACUGAUGCCUGCAUGGGCUUUUCUGCAUCUUUUAUUUCAGAAGAUUUCUGUUAAGACAACCCUUUAAGGGCUACAGUUCCUCAUUUGUAAUGACCACAUCCUUUUAAUUCCACCUGGUCUGGACAAUGAACUGUACUCCAUAAAUGCAGAUCCCAAUCCAGUUUGUUGCCAUCCAUUCAGAGUUCAACAGAAGACAUGAACUUAAUUUGUCCUGUUUGAGCAACUGGUCCUGGCCAGCAGCAGCAUCCCAGGACAAAGGAUGCACCAAAAAAAAUGCUCUGAUGUCUCCAGUUGCGUUGUCCGUAAAAGUGGGGAUUGACUUGAAAAGUGGUCAGGUUGCCGACCAGGACAAUUGAGUGUUUACAUUCCAAAUCAUGUUUGUCAUCUUAAUCAUAACAGUGUUAAGUGUGAUCGAGUUAAAUAAAAGGUGUAAUGAGUAUGGGUAUGCCAUCUCUGAGGGUUCAAUUCUGGAAUAAAGUUUGGACACACAUUACUGGGUUCGUGUUUGAUUUCUUCAACAAAGUUUUUUCAAAGGUUAGUGUACUUGAUAACCAAGUCGACAAAAGUGUCCGUGAAGAGCAUGCUUGAGAUAAAAUACUGUAUAAGACAAUUUAUAUCUUGUCUAUAUCAAGGUCAAUUUAACUUGUAGAAUAUUGCAGAAUA